GCCCAAGACCAACUCGUUUCCGCCAGAAUUUCCAAGUAGGAAAUCGAGUGAGAGACCGGAAUCAAAUCAAAAUCUAAAAAUGGCGUCGUCUUGGAAGGUAAUGUCUAGGUUAUCGUCUCGGUUACAGUCUCCAACUCUCAAGCUCAACAAAACCUCACUCUCUGCUCUCCAAUCCACUUCGGAUUCUUCUGUUAGGCGCAUAUCUCGAGUCUCAAGGUUAGCAUUGGGGCUGAGUAGUGUAGGGUCGAUGAUGCCGCUCCACAGCGCCAUAGCUUCGUCGCGAUUAGUAUCGAGCUUGGCUUCUGAGUCUGGGACUUGGAGUUUAGUUCCUCAAGGUAUCUCAAUGCCUUUAUGACAGCCUCCUUUUGCAGUGAGUUUUUGGAGAAGAACAAAGAUAGAAAUGUUGGGUUCAUGUUGAGGCCUUUCUCUUUUCUAUUUUCCAUGGUUUCAGAGGGACGAGAUUUUGUAGUUCACCCUGUAUGUUUGAGGAAUGCAGGUUGCAAUUGACAUCGAUUUAUGCUUUGGUUCCUUGUGUUGACAGUUUCCUUUUUUUCCCCCAAAUGUCUCUCAGCGUGGAUGAACAUUACAUAAUCAUGAUGAACUGUUAUUUGUUAACUUUAACUAGAGGUGAUCAGUCUUUCUUUCUGCCUUAUUUUUAAGCUUUAGCAAGCUCUUGAUCACAUGUUAUACUGAUGAGUGACAAAGUUCUUUCUGGUAACGGAAGUCAGCAUACUUGAGUGAAACCUCCAACAAAUAUGGGGACCAAAGUAAAUCUAACCAGACCAUUUGCAGCUGUCAUAUUUUGUAUAUUUUGUCUAGGUCGUGUCAAUGUUAGUUUGCUUGCCAUUUUAGUUAUGGCCUGCACUGUUUAAUAGUGAUUCUUUUCUCAAUGAAGCUGAUAUUGGUGAGUAUUAAAA